CUCGCGUCCGCACCUGUGCCAGCCCCGCGCCGGGCCGCCGGGACCUGAGAGCGACUUGCGAGGUGGCUACCGCCGCGCCUCCGCCUCUGUCCCGAGACCAGGCCGCGUCCCGAGACCGAGCAGUCCUGAGGCAGCCACUGGCUAGCGGCUCCCGAGAGGACGAGCGCGACUCCCGGAUCCCGGGAGUCGGGGGGGGGGUGGGGCCAGCGCUCCGAGGCCGUUGGUCCUCUCCGGGUAGCCUCUCCGCGUCGGCCAGGCGGAGUCCACGUGACCCCGGGGCGCCGGGUAGGAGACAUGGCUGCCGCCAGGCCGCUAUCCCGCUUCUGGGAGUGGGGAAAGAACAUCGUGUGCGUGGGCAGAAACUACGCGGACCACGUUAAGGAGAUGCAGAGUACGGUGCUGAGCGAGCCGGUGCUCUUCCUGAAACCGUCCACCGCCUACGCCCCCGAGGGCUCGCCGGUCCUCAUGCCCUCCUACAGCCGUAACCUGCACCACGAGCUCGAGCUGGGCGUGGUGAUGGGCCAGCGCUGCCGCGCCGUCCCAGAGGCCGCGGCCAUGGACUACGUGGCCGGCUAUGCUCUCUGCCUGGACAUGACUGCCAGGGACGUGCAGGACGAGUGCAAGAAGAAGGGGCUGCCCUGGACUCUGGCCAAGAGCUUCACGGCCUCCUGCCCGGUCAGCGCGUUCGUACCCAAGGAGAAGAUCCCUGACCCUCACAACCUGAAGCUCUGGCUCAAGGUCAACGGCGAACUCCGGCAGGAGGGUGAGACAUCCUCUAUGAUUUUUUCCAUCCCCUACAUCAUCAGCUACGUCUCGAAGAUAAUGACCUUGGAAGAAGGAGAUAUUAUCUUGACCGGGACGCCAAAGGGAGUGGGUCCAGUUAAAGAAAACGAUGAGAUCCAUGCUGGCAUUCACGGGGUCGUCAGUAUGAGAUUUAAGGUGGAAAGGCCAGAAUAUUGAGUCUAUACAAAGCACCCUAACUUCUUAACACAUGAUCUAAGGGAAUAAGACAAAAGCAAGCAAAGUUUAAUUAAACGUGACAAUCCUUUAAUAAGAAACCAAUUUAAAAAAAUGAUUGGAAGAUGGACUGUCCAAAGAAACCUGAUCUAGAAGAGCUGGGCCAGAAAUGGAAAUGAGAAAUAGUGCCUUCUCGGAAACAACGGGCCAAAUGUUCAGAAGACUUUCCUUUGCUAAAUCUGGAUUGGUUCAGUGGAUCACUCUGGGACUGGGUGUUGGAGACUUAAAAUCUGCAAAGGAAGUGGAUUAGCACGAUUCAUCAGUGCUUCCCAAAUUUGCUUAAUCAUGAAAAUUAUCCGGAGGUAUUUGUAAAAAUAAAAAUUUCCAAGUUACUGGCCCAUCCCAGGCCCAAUGUAUGAAUUAAUGGAAUUGAUAUCCAGCACUCCAAGUGAUUCUUAUCAUGGAAAACCACUGCUCACACAAAAGUUUUACUUAGGAAGUGAGUAAUUAAUGAUGACCUUACUCAUUUACUUAUUCUGGCCGAUAGAUUCUGUUUUGGAGAGAAAACUUUGAAACUAUUGUUUCUCAAAUAAAUAUGCUGUCUUUUA